GCAACUGCGCAGGUGUGAGUUUGCGUGAGUUGCGCCGCACCCGGGCGGCGUGGCCGUCUCAUACGGCGAAGAGGAGGUGCAUGGAAGUACCCGAUGUUCGCACGUUGGACGCGUUUCGCCCGACCACGAAGACGUUGCCACACCGGUAAUAACACACGUGGCUGAUGCAGGAGGAAGAUCAAAAAGAAAAAGAAAAAAAAUACAGAAAAAAGCGGAGGAAGAUGAAGCGGUGAAAGCAACAGCGAUCGCAGCAGCAAGCAACAAGCAGGCCAACACCUCCGUCUCGUAGGACGUGUUUUCCCACUGGCACGCACCACACACAACGUGUCGUCUCCCUCUGCUCUUCUAAGGUUUGUGAUGAGGUGCGAGGAAAGAGAAAGGUAAAAAUGAGAGAGGAAUACAUAUAUAUAUAUAUAUAUAUUUUCUGUUCUUGUUUGAAACUGGUGGAAAGAAGAAGAGGAAGGAGUGAAGGCUCAAGGCUGAGGAGGCCCUUUUUUUUUCUUGGUAGAGGGUGAGCACACACGUACACACGCAUGCAGCUGCCCACGUUGUACUGUGGACCCAUCCGAUGAAGUCAACACACACGUGCGUCGAACUUUUGAUUUGCUUUCUCUGGCUGGACUGUACGGUGCAGCACACAAGAGGAAAAAAGCGCACAGUUGAUUUGCAAGGAAAUUGGAAAAAAAAACAAAAAUCAGGCGUCAAAGUACUUCGUUGUAGAAGUUUUGUCUCAUAACGACCAGACAGAGACGUGCCGGGAUGCUUGCACGGGCGUCGGGGGUGGGGGGUGGGGAAGGGAUUGUUGUAGCUCUGCGUAAUGCACCUUCUCGCCUCUCUCCAAUGGUGAACGUCUGUGUGCUCCUCUACUUUUUCUUGUUUUUUUCUGCACACGACGAAGAGGGAAGACAAGAGCGGCGAGGAACAAAUCAAAAUAUAAAAGAGUACAUUCACGUAAACGGCCAACAUCAGUAGCAGUGUCAGAAGACAACUCCCCCCACUCCCCCCGCGUUUCACGUUCGUGUAUCCUUCUUUCUUUUUGCGAAGUCGUUUUUGUUAGUUUUCGUCGAGCUGUGAAGCGGGAAGCUUAACAUGCGAUAUUAUUGCGUUGGUUUCUGUUUGGUGUUAUUUAUUGCCGACAUAUGUGUUGUGGUGUUCACGCCAACGUCCAAACACAUACACACACAGACACAAACAAACACACACACCUACUGUUUUUGACGAUAGUUUACGAUUGUUCUUAUGAAGAGGUGGCGAUGAUGAUGAUGUUAUUUUUUUUGUUUUGUUUUGAUGUUUCUCGCUGAUUCAUUUAUUGAUAUAUAUAUAUCACUCUCUUCGUUGGGUUUUUAUCUGAGGUUAUCACUAUUAUUAUUACUACUAUUAUCUCCUCCUCUUUAAUGUUAAAAAAGAAAAGUCAAAGAAGAGAGAGGGCGAGAUACAACAGUGUUCAAAUCUUCGGUGCGUCGUCAAUAACAACCAAAAACACAAAACAUAAUCGUCAACUUGCGGUGAAAGAAAGAAAAAGGUAGAAAGGGAAGGGCGAUGCAGCAACUGUGGUGUUGCGCGUUCUACGAACUGCAGACGCGUACGCCGGUUGGAGCGCGUUUCCCCUCACCCAGACUCCGCAGCUGUAACCGCGUUUGUGCGGUCGCGGUAGAGGAAGGGGGGGGGGGAGGGAGUGGAGUGUCGUCGGGUGAGGAAGCACUCUCUCUCUGUGCGUGUGUGUGUUGGAACGGUCAUUCCUCUUUCGUUGUUGAUGCACCGUCUGGGGGUGCGCUGCACUGCGUCACCGCGUUCUUUUUUUUUUCCCCUUUCCUCUUUCGCAGACGCGGUGCGCCUCGCACACGACGGAGACGGUACGAGGCGAAAACUCCAUUACUUGAAAGAUUGAAAUGUCCUUCUUCUCGCUCCCUUUCCUCUUCACCUUGUUUGCAUAUAUUUAUAAUUUAUACAGUGAUCUUGACGCACGCCGUCCACAACAGAUUUGUCCACACGCUUGUGGCGAACGGAGGGGUGUGUACAAAAGAAGAAUUGCCCUGCUUGGUGCUUCGGGGAUACAACGUAUACAUUAAGGGUGAGAGGGCUGAGCAACUGUUGUCGUCGUUGCGAGGGUGUCACACAAACACAUAAGUACCGUUCUUCAUAGAUUUCUCUCUUUGCCGAUUUAGGGUAUAUACAUUUGUUUUGGCGGUGUACGAGAGAGAGAGGCUAUUGCAUCAACAACGGAGAAAAGAAAGAAGCCCUCUCUAAAGCAAACAAGAAGGAGUUCAGGUAGCACCACAAUCAAAAACGGGGGGAUACAGAUCAGCAUUUGCCAACGGGCAACGCCGACGAGGAGUGACGCUGCGCUGCUGCGUUGGGCACCGAAUUGUGUUAUUUUUUUUUUUUUGGAUAGAACAGGAAGCGGCAACCGAAGCAGAAUGUGCCGCCGCCGCCCCGAUCGUCGGCCACCGCAGCGACGCCGACUCCUGUGGCUGACAGUAGGCGCCGCGCUUCUGUGCCUGGCGUUUUUGGGCGGUCCGUUCUUCAGCGGCGUCGUCGCUGUACGCGCAGCCACAACCACCCAUCCGCACCCGGAUCGGCCCAGCACAGAAGGCACAAAGAAUGCCGAAUACGUCUUCCAUAGUCUCGAGGAGCUCAAUCGGCACGUACACGGCGCACCGUACAGCUUUCGUGCCUUAGGAACGUCGACGACGGCAGCGGAGAGGGAAGACCGCGGCAGCAGCAACGACGAGGGCAACGAUAAGCAUGGGCCAGCGGAGGCAAACGAAAUGGCAGAAGCACUGGAGCUGUACACCGCCUCGGCUUCAUCUGUGUUCCGCACUCUUCCGGCCCCCGAUGCGGCAGUCAACUUCAAUGCGGUUUCGUACUCACAAGAAUCAGCUGAGGUAAACCUCAGCGCUGCGUCGAUGUGCGCCGCUGACUUCACCUGCCCCCGCUCCUCCGUGGCGUGGGCGAGCGGGUCGUUUGCCGCGACUGGCCUCCUCACACCGCACAGUCUUACCCUUCCCAUAGGGCUGGAACUGCGGCUCAGCCUGUGCUGCCAGUACCGGUUCGACGGUUCCCUCCUGCGCAGCCGCGAGCUGUACGACGUGUUUCUGAAGGAGCUUCUGCAGGCGUCUCCUUUUCAAGUACUGAGCGCUGCGGAGAAGCGUGAGCUGUUUCCGCAGCACCGCAUUUACGUGGUUGACACCUGGGACCGGAGGCGGGCGUACAACACGAGCUACACCCCGACCGAAGACGACGCGGCGACACACAACGACGGAGAUGGAGAUGUGCUAGUGCUGACCACUGGGUUUUUGACACCGGCGGCGUUGCAGAAGGUGCUGUCCUCCUCCGCCGCCCUCGCGGACAUCAGCAGCAGCGGCAGCAGCACCGGCGGUAACAGUGGUGCGUCUGCACACGACGCUGCAGCGGACGGCGUCACCCAGGACAACUUAGAAAAGCAUGGUGGCUCCGCCGUAGAGGCGGUGGAAUUUUCUCCCGGCACCGAUAUGCAGCUACGCGUCACCAACCGCAUUCUCAAGUGCAAGUGCCCGCACAUCCUCCGUGUCAUGCCUCUCCUGCACGUGCGGCCAGACGCAUUGCCGCCGAUUGCGAUCCUGGGCCUCGGCUCCCACUGCGGCGUGCCACCGAGACCAAGCGGACAGACGCGGUCUUCUCGCGCGACGGGGGCUGCCGCGUCGUCCCGCCCGCGCAUCCACCAGGUGCGCCGCGCGGACAGCACGACGGUGUUCGCGGCCUCGUUUGAAUUAACGCCGCGGCUCCCGCCUACGACGCUCGUCAGCUGGACCGUUCGGCCGGUGGGGGAGCCCGAGGGCAACGAGCGUGGGACAGAGGAAGGCGCGUCGUCUGGUGCUCCCGCGGCGGCCGUGCUGCGUCACACUCGCCUGUUGCCGGUCGUGCUGAACGCGUCGGGCCACGUGCAGUACAGCAGCUCCGCCAGCCCCUUCUUUCUUGUGCAGCCCAACGUGCGCUACGAGGUGUCUGUCACCGUCUCGCGUGGGCCGAUGAGCUCCUUCACUAGCUUUCAAACUGCGGACAAUCAAGGCGAGGCCGAUCGCGAGGACGGCACGGCAGAGCGUUCGGCAGGCAGGGGCUCUGCUGCAAGACCGUGGUCCGCAGCCCCACGACAAGGCUGGCGACACCUGCACAUUACCCGCAGCUCUCGCGGCCGUUUGGUGCUACGACUCCCUUUCAAUCGCAGCUGGGCCCUCCCCCCGACCCACCCAACUCCACACUUUGGCUUCCGUCGGUCCAUGAAGCUGUCGAACACGACGCUGAGCCACGUCGAGGUAGCCGCGGCGCUGCAUCCGCAGUUGCACCCAUCGACGUUGUCGUCAUCACCAACGUACUCCUCCGCUGUUGUGACGGAGUCGAAGGAUGAGCCAAACAGCGGCGGGACAGGCUGGUUCGGAUUGGGCCGAUGGACGGGCAGCGGCGCCGCCACCACCACCACCACCACCACCCACCAUCGAACACUUUCCUACUACGGCUACUGGGAGAACGCCCCUCUGCCCGAUCAGCUGCUGUCGCAGCACGCCGUGCACGUGUCCUCGAACCCGUUUACGGAUCCCUCUCCCGCAGGGGUGGCGGUGCCCCUCUUUGUCGGUCGUAACCUUGUCGCCUACGUGGUGCGCGAUGUGGAUGACGUGUGCGAGCCGGUCGUGCUCGAAGGACGGGAGAUAUGGGCGGUGCAGAGUAUCAUUGAAACGCCCGGACCGCUGACGGCGUGCACGGAGCGGACCGACGUCGCCGCACUCGUGCUGCGGGAGCUGUAUCUGCGGAUGCGCAGUGAGCCAAAGAUCGACGUGACGGUGCCGAGCACAACGUGGUCGACAGACCGCACUCGACCGGCGGAGGUGGCGGCAGAGGGCUCCUAUCGUUGUGACGCCGUCGACAAAGACGCUGGUGCGUCUGCCUCCCGGUGUGCGGCGGUCCCCGAUCGCGAGCGAGAUGGCAGCGAGUGCUUUGCCGCAUUGCAGAUGAACCACCGCGGCGUAUAUGAGACGGUGUGGGUGGUGCGGGUGGCGGUGCGUGACGCGCGGCUGGCAAUACCGGAAAACCUGGACCCGCUCUACGCCCGCGUGGUCCAAGCAUCCGACCUGGCAGCUGCGAGUUCCUCCGCUGCUGCUGCUACUCCUGAUGCCGCCACCGCGGCGGUGGCGGUGGUGGAGGUGCGCUCGCACCCCCUGCUCAUCGUGCGUCGCCAGGCGAGCUACCCAGCCGUGGUGAAGAUAGAGCUUCCCAUGCACGCACGCCGCUGGCUGAUCACCGCACCAGCUUCUUCAUCGUUCUCCUCCUCUCUUCGGCGCGCCAAGGGUGGUGGAGGCGGCGGCAGUAGCGGGCCACAGACACCGGAUGUUUUGUUAGACAACGCACCAACAGGGUACUGGCGAUCACGCCCGCCGAUCCACGUGCUGUCGGUCGACGAGCGGCGUACCGCGGAGCUCGACACGAAUGACGUGCCGAACGUGCAGCGCACCCUCCCGAAUGGCACCCUCGAGUUUGUGGCGCAAGACAACGGCGAGGUGCUGGCGCUAUCGACGAAGACGCACGGUGAGGUGCGGGCUUUUGCCUACACUGCGAAGUGCCCCGAUACGUUGGUGGAGUACGAACUGCAUGUCGUGGCCUUCCCGCCCCUGCCCAUCACACCGGCCUACGCACCCGUGUACACGGAGGAGGGCUGCGUCGUCCUCGUACCGCCGCGUGCGGUGCGUAAAGACGAGGUGGCGGAGUGGCAUGUGCCGCCAUGUGCUGCAGCUGCUGCCGGCACGGGUGCGGCGGGACGUGGGCCGUACCUGAUCGAACGCAUGCUCUCGGUCGAAGAGCAAGAGGAGCACGCGUACGUGACGACCGUGAGCGACGGGGGCGAGCCGCUGCUGUCCCCCACGCAGUCUCGCGACACGUCUGCGCAGAACAGGACGCUCGAGGCGGCAGCGGCUGCUGCAUCCACAGCAUCGACGGUGGCACGACGGCCUGUCACGGCGCUCAUGGCCUGCGGGGUAGAGGUGUAUCGGCGCUGCGAUGUGGUGUGGUCCGUGCACAACCUCGUCGCCGCGGUUCAGAAGACGUACUCCCUGCGCCGCUGCCAGCGACCGCCUGCGGUGCUCUUCCACGCAAACGACCGACAACGGCGCGUGUCGUACCCGCAGCGCGGCGUCUUUCAGCUGCCAACGGUGCGGGAGACCGUGUAUGUGGAGGUGAACGCCACGCCAGGCACGACGGGAACUGCGAGCGGCACGGCCUCGCGCACCGUAGUGCGGGUGAGCCGUCCGCGCGAGAUCAUCCCCAUCGCGGGGUACCACAGUACAUUGGGCUACUCCUUUAACUACACGGGUGCGCAGGAGCACUUUGGGAUGCACCUGCACCCGUUGCCCAGUGCUGCAGCGCAUCAGCUGAUGAGCACGCAGCACGACUACGUAGCGGCGGAAGACGGAGUCCUGGUUUUGCGGCGUCGCACAGGGAUGGACAUGCAGCAGCCGCAGCAGAAUCCACCCGCAACAACAUGGCAGGCGGAAAGUGGAGUCGAGGAUGCCAACGCGAACUCCUUCUGGUCCGAGUAUGAGGCGAACAGCGCCACACCUUUCACCCGUCGCGCAAGCGGCAGGGCGUACAAUCCAGCCGCCUCCGCGACGACGAUGACAUCCAGCGAGACCGAAGCCCGCGCGCAGCAACAGGAGCGCAGCCGCCGAAUGGACCAGAGACUGGAGGAGACGUACAUCAUCGAGCACGAGCGUCACGCACGGCGGCUGCGCGUCGCGGCGGUGGGCAACUCCUCGCUCUUCCCGAUGGACUACGCUGUCCGCGGCUCCUCCGCCGCAGCCGUGCGCAGCGCCGCGGCCGCCGAGGACGAGCGAGAGUUCGCGCGGCGUGGGAUGUGCGUGGAGCGGCCGGGCUACAUCGCCGUCUUGGCCGUCAACCCACGUGGCUCCGUGCGCGAGGAUGAGCGCUACGGGACGGUGCUGCCGGCUCCCGCGGCCCCCGCCGUUGCGGUGCUGCCCUUCUGCGCCCCGCAGUACACCUUCGCCCGCUACCCAGAGCUGUCGUCUGUGUACGGCUACGAGUACACGUGGACCUGCCCGGCAGGGGAGACGAUGACGGUGACGAAGUACCAGCCGACCUACUCGGUCCUCACACACACGCCGGAGCGGCGCGGCAGCGGCAGUGCGACGGCGUCGGCCGAUGUUGGUGCGGAGGCGCAAAACGAAACGCUCUGUGAGCUAGCCGUGGUGAACCACAUCACCAAGACGGAGCAGCGGGAUUGGUUUCUCGUGCGGCGCGUCUACCCGAGCCCGCUGCCGGUGACCUCACUUGUGGUGCUGAGCGACAACGCGGCGGACUCGCUCCAGAUCACUGCGACCGCCUCACCCGCUGCUAUGCGUCUGCGAGGGCCGCAGAGCCGCAACGGGGCCACUCCGCGAGCAUCCACGAGCAGCAGCAACAGCACGGCGACCGUCAUCACUAUGGAGGAGCUGUAUAGCGCACCAGCCAACACGUAUCCGUUUACCAAGGCCCGCCGUGUGGUAGGCAAGAGCGUCGUGCUGCACGUGGAUGCCCCAUCCGCGAUCGGCAAGGCGCGGUGGGCGGUGGAGAGCAUCGUCCCCGCCACCACGAUCACCGUCGGCACGCAGGUGCUGAUGUCUGAGGUGGAGUUCCACCACUUACACCGCCAUCCAGCCGCCGUGGCACGUGGGCGUGGUGGGGCGACAGUGCUCGUGAAGGGGCUGCGCACCCCGGGCCUGUACACCCUCAGCCACACCCUGCCCGACCCCGAGAACCCCUCCGUCUGCCCCCCUGUGAUCUUGACGGAGAUGCUGGACGUCUUUCACGCGCGGGUGCUGGCGAAGGAGCUGUUUGUCUGCGGUGACACGGCUGCCCUGCAGGCGGUGCCGCUGCCGCGCGAGAUCGCCCACGAGUUUGUGGGGCAGUGGGAAGUGGUGUCGCACGCCACGGAUGACAACACGGUGUGGACCGCCGGGGUGAACUUCACGGGCAUUCGCUUUGAGCGCGGCGCGCGGGCAGAGACGCUCGUGCAUGGACUGCCGUUUGGCGUCAUUACGAUGCGAUGGGCCAUCUAUCGACUCCUUUCUUCCACCAGCAACAACAAUAAUGCGGCUCCCUUGAGCGAUCUUUCUGCGAUGCGUAGGAACAAACAAGCGUACCCCACCGGAGGACACAGUAGUGGUGCAGCAACAGCAGAAGCAGCUGCGGCGCAGCAGCGCGUGUUGGUUGACUACGACACCGUCGAGGUCUUCGUGCUGACGGAGAACUUGCCCUCGCACCGGCUCGUGACGCUGGCGGACGAGGCCACUAUUUUCACCUCCUCCUCUACACAGAACUGGAAGCUGGAGGGCGUCGUGAGCGGACUGAGCGACGGUGGCGUGGCCUCCACCAGGGUGCGCCUGUCGCAGGGCAUCGUGGCCAACUACAGCCAGAGCACCGUCAACCCGUUUGCCGACGCGGUCGGCAAUGAUGAAGUGCAGCGGGCGAUGUUCCACACCUACUACGGCCUUCACCCUCGACUGGGCAGCGGGGCUCUGACGCUGCAGCACCUACCCGUCGGUACCGUCCACCUUCGCUAUGACGUGGUGCCCUCGUUGAGCGUCUUUGGCAAGAUGAUCGGGCACACGUGCGCGCUCCAGGGCUAUUACGAUGUGGAGCGGGUGUCGGCCUAUCUAACCGCCACUACCUCCCUCGACCACGAGUGUGACGGCUACACCGGGCAAGGACGCAUUACGCUGUGCCUGCAUACGGAGGGCACCGGGAUUGCAGGUGCCGGCACCGCUGCUGCACCCCGCUCCUCCGCCAAAAAGCAAGGGCGUGGUGCGCGAGCCCCAACGCAGCUCGAUGCGUUGUUUUGGCAGUCGCAGGUGCGUCUGGUGGCGCCAGAGACGCUCGAGGACACCAUCAAGCGAGGGGCGCGCGAGGUCGAGCAGCUCAGCGGCGGCCGAUGCGCAACGCCGUGGUGGGUGGCCCCAUCGACGCAGUGGUUGAACCCCUCCUACACCUCCUCGCUGACGGGGCCGACGGCGUCGGGCUCCGCGGUGCUGCCGGGCCGCUGCGUCUCCUUCGGCGUGAAGGCCAGCCGCCACCUGUCCCCACGCGAGGCAGGGCAGCCGCUUUUUCUCGCGGUGCCGCGCGCGUUCACCUCCGUCGGGGGUGGGGCGGUGUCUGCUCGAAUGGACCGCGAGGGCAGCCGCCGCCGCACUAGCAGCAGCAGCAGCUCUUCCGGCGCCUGCCCGUUCCACGGCGACUUCAUCUCGACUCGGGUGAUCGACGGGUCGCCGUUGGUAGAAGGUGGGACGGCCCUGAAGUCCUCGUCGACAGCAGCCCGCCCCUCAUCGACGGCCUCCGUCGGCUCGCUCUUCGGGUUUACGCAACUCUUUCAGCUGGGCCUGCCUCACAUGACCGGACGCAGCGAGGGGAGGAAGGGCGGCAGCGGCAGCAGCGACAGCGACGGCGACGGCAGCGCGUGGGGGAUUCGCUAUUUGCCGGUGCUGCAGCCGUCGUCGCUGCGGCGGGCCAACGCGACGAUGCGACCCAUGGUGGGCCUGCGUGGGGUGUUGGAUGACGUGACGACGGAGCUGAGCAUUAGUGGCCCCGGCCACGCAUGGCGUUUUGGUGAGCCACGAGACGAAGAUGGGGAGGAGAGGGCGGCGGCGACGGUGCUGCUGCGCCUCGACCUGACAAACGCGAAGCACUUUGGUGGGUACACGGUCUUUACAGCCGACCAGGCAGUCCCAGCGCAGGCGGCGUCCUCUUCCUCGUCCGUCCCCACUGCGGCACCACCGCCUCCACCGCAGCCCCUGUCGGUCCCUCAUCAAAGUCUCCUGUACAGGUGUGUCGCGGGCACGGUGCGGGGGGCCGACGUGCUGCAGUACUGGUCGGAGACGAACCGCCCCGACGGCCGCGUCGACCGCACGGCGCAGGAGUGGCUCGACUACGCGUACGCCGUGCGGGAUGCACCGGCAGCGUGCGACGUCCUCUUCACCUCGCUGGACCACCUCGUCUCGGACGCCUACGGCCCUUCGUUCAGCGCCCCCCAGCACACGAGUAACCCCAAUAACAACAACGGUGGUGGUGGUGGUCGCCGCCGUGUGUUCUCCUCGAAGCCUACACCGCACCAGCAGCAGCAGCAGCGGCAUCCGAAGCCGCAGUACGUGUCCCUGACGGAGAUGGAGCAGCAGGUGGAGCGGCUUCGCAAGCAGUACCGAUGGACCGCCGACGGCAUCGACGUGACGGGCCUGCCGACGGACGUGCAGAGCGCGCUGAGUCACCGGCGGGUGACUACAACGCAGCUGCGGGCGAUUGAGGCCUCGCGGCGCGCCCGGCAGGCCGCUGAGGAGGCGCAGAAGCAGCAGCAGCAGCGGCAGCAGCAGCGGGAGCUAGAGAAUGCGCCGUCGCACAUGUCGCCGAUGGAGCGACUCACCGCGGCUCUACGGGCCUAUCGCGGUGUAGCACAAGGUGGCGAGGUGGCGGUGCUGCGGAUUCGGCUGCCCCUACACGACGCCUUCACGGUCCCCUACGAUCUCUUCCUCCGCACGGCGCUGCACAAGGAUGUGCUGUGCGGCACCGCUGUCGAUCCCCCGCCGGCGUUGCGGAACCCGACGGCCCCGCCAACGGUGAUGAAUCCGUACUCGCUCGUGCCGCUCGGUCGGCUGGAGAUCCGCGACGUUGCGCCUGCGCUGAGUCUCUACCCGCCGGUGAUGAAGCAGUGCGAGGUAGAGGGCGGGCCGCCGGUUCUCACCUUCGAGCUGACGGGCGCGAUCUUCGCGCACGAUCGUUUCUCGGCCGACGAGGUCCUGCUGGAGGAGGUUCCCAAUCCUGAUCUGGUGAAGCUCGGGCGUAAUCAGCAGCAGCACCCAGAGGUGGGGCUGACUGCGUGUGUUGCCGAGAUGCGACGGGGCUUGAAUGCCGUGGUUGAGGCCGGUUCACGCAAGCGCCUCUAUCUACAGCUUGGCGCCUGUCCCUUCUUCAAGAUGUUGACGCCGGAGGAGUACAACGAGCACCAGGACAGCGAGGCGCUGCUGCGCCGACUGCAGUUCCCGCGCUUUCUGCGCGUAACCGUGCGGCGUGCCAUUCGGCCGGACAGUCAUCUGUCGGGCAGCGCAUCCACCGCAGGGAGACGUGAUGGCCCGCGGCCCGCGCUGCAGAACCUUUCUUCUUCUGCGUCGUCUACCGUCACCGUCGUCGCACCGACCUCGACGGAUGCCAGUUUUCUCGUCGAAGUGCGUCCGACGCUGGCGCGGCUGCACCUUCGCUCUUCCGCGGAUAUGGAUCCUCCUCCGGAUACUCGCCCGACAGCUGGAUCGUGGAGGCAGCGCGGAGAUGGCGGGCGCCGUCAGGAUUCCGUGAAGCGAGUUAGCGGCAGCAGCUGGUGGAGUCGAAGCACCGCGACAAGCCACGAGGAUCCCCCGCAGGCCGCGAUGGGCGGGGGUGGUGCAACGACGGCCACCACCGCCGCACCAACUUCCACAGCAGCAGCCGACGACGACGCAUCCGCCUUCUCGUUCGCCCCAACGCCUGCCCGGCCGCUUGUGUUGUGUGAGGCCGAUCUGCACCGCUACGGCUUCCAGCUGGGGAUUGAGUUGAUCGGCGACACGUGGACGCAGCCAGUGGGCGAGGAGGGCGCGUCCACAACCACUGCAGUAGCGUCUUCUGCCGUGUCAAGCAGCACACGGCACACCGUCCUGCCACGGCAGCGCGCGCCGCCGAACGUGGCCCUCAUCAACAGUUUCAGCGUCGUGGAGCACCACAGCCUCGACAGCAGCCACCACCUCUACCUGAAAGGCGGCGGCGUCUACCGCUCCCACUUUAUGAACUACCUCUUCACCACCUUGCUCAGCGACCCGGCGGUGCUGCGUGACCACGCGUUUGUGCAUCGGUACAACCGCACCUUUGUCAGCAUUGUUGUCCCUCCGCUGUCGGCCGUGUCGGCCCGUCGUGGGGGCUUGCUGAGCAGCGGCCUCACAAAUGGGAUGGUAGACGACGAAGAGGACGCAGAUUUUUACGCCGCACAGCAGCAGCAGCAGCGGCGGCGUUACGGGCCAGCGAAUGGCGACGACGCGUCCACCGCCUCCGCGCCAGUCGGCGCGGUCCUCCCUGCGGUGCGGCAGUUUUGCAAGGUGGAGGAGGUUCUGUUCGCGGUGCCCGGCAUCGCAACGGAGUGCCGCGGCUGCCUGCUGGCGGACACGACCUUCUUCGUGGCAGGCGAUCUGACCGGUGCUUGGACUCUCCCCACGUCUGCUGCGCCGUCUGCCGCACCGGGGAGGUGGUGGUCGAGUGAAACCUUCACCCGUCCGCUGGUCGUGCCGUGGGACAGCGUGGGCAGCAUUCCGCGGGAAUGGGUCUUUGAGUGGGUCUGCCCGACUGCGGCGCAUCGCGCGUUGGAGCGCUGGGCAUUACAGUUCCGCCGCAGCGAUGUCUCUGCCCUCUCGAUAGUGAUGGAUGUGGUGCUGUACCGUGUGCGUGGCCUCCAGGGCGAGGAGCUCCCCGCGCCGCAGCGUCCGACGGUGCUGCUGUCCAGUCAACCCUUUCCUCUGGCGGAUAUCUUAGCGCACAAUCGCGUCGUCCAUCGCUCAACGGCGUCGCAUGCCUCCUCGGCGGGGUCUGGGUUCUUUGAGCCGUCGGUAGCGGCCGCCCCACUGCGUCUACGCGUGGCGGAUUCUGCGGCAGGGGCGGCUUACACCCGGCUCACCGACGACGUGCUGCGGCACCGGCGCCACGCCUGGACGACGAUGGAGUACCACCGCGAUGACCGCGACGCCGACGGCCUGCUCGUCGUGAACGCGUCAGUCUUUUUGAAGGUGUGCGCCGGCGGCGGCGGUGGCGCUGGUCCGGCAGCCUGCACGGUGGUGUCCAUCGCAGACUCGCUGCUGACGGUGGAGCCGCCAAGGGCCGCCGCCCCUCAAUGGGCGUCGUGGCCGCGACGUAUGUUUGGGCUGGGCAGCCAGGCAGCGACAGCGGAGAGGUCCACCGCACUCAGGGCAUCUCCGCUUUCGCCUUUUGUGUUGCUACACCACGCCUUCAUGACCUAUCUGUGCUAUGAGCUUAUUCCACUGUUGGGGAUAGUGACGCUGAAGGAAAACACAGGUGGUGGCAGCAGAGGUAGCGCGUCGACGUCGGAGUCCUUCACGGCGGAUCAGCAGCGCGCGCACGUCGCGUACACGGCGAUGACCCUUGUCUUCCUGUUCUUCAGCUACGCGUACGUGCCGGUUGUGUGGGUGAUGCUGUGCCUGACGAUCUGGUCGCUGUCGUUGUACUGCAGUCGUCGGCCGGAGUUGGUGGUGUUGCUUGUGGGCUCCGUCCUCUACUCGCACUACCUCAUGUAG